AUGUCCCUCAGACGCUCAGCCCGACUGGGUGCCAUCCCAAUCCUGCAGCCAGAGCAGAUUCCAGCAACGAAGAGGACCAAAGUCCAACACAGCGGCAUCACCAAGCCCCGCAAGACACCCGCAACGAAAAAGGCCACACCAAAGACGCCAGCCAUCGCAACAACGGCUUCAACAAGCUCCUACUGGGAUCCAGCACCGGCAACAGCACCAACCCAGAAAAACCAAGUAACUAACAACAGACACCUUACACCACCCCCACUAGACCGACCCGUCGAUCCGCACCGAACAAACGCAACCCUCCUAACACCCCACGGCUCCUCAAUAAACGCCUACCCAACCGCCUCCGAAGCCUCGCCCUCGAAAACCGGCCUCCCCCGCCCCAUCGCAACAACAGGAACCCUCCUCGAGCAGGGCCUCGCCCACCUAAUCGCAACAGACCCGCGCCUCAGACCCGUCAUCGAAGCUCACCCUUGCCCGCUCUUCUCACCCACUGGACUGGCAGAGCAAAUCGACCCCUUCAACAGCCUGACAAGCAGUAUAAUCGGGCAACAGGUCUCCGGCGCCGCGGCAAAGUCCAUCAGGAAUAAAUUCCUUGCAUUGUUCAAUCUGACUGAUCCUGAGGGGAUUGCGCAUUCGCGGUUCCCGACGCCGGAGACUGUUGCUAGGUGUGAGAUUGCGACGCUCCGGACGGCGGGAUUGAGUCAGCGCAAGGCGGAGUAUAUCCAGGGGUUGGCGAAGAAGUUUGCGGAGGGGGAGCUGAGUGCGAGGAUUCUGGCGACGGCGUCUGAUGAGGAGCUUGUUGAGAGGCUUACGGCUGUUAGGGGGUUGGGGAAGUGGUCUGUUGAGAUGUUUGCUGUUUUUGCGUUGAAGAGAAUUGAUGUUUUUUCGACAGGAGAUUUGGGGGUGCAACGAGGAUGUGCGGCUUUCCUCGGGAAAGAUGUAAAUAAGCUCAAGGCAAAGGGCGGUGGUAAGUUCAAAUAUAUGGCCGAGCAAGAUAUGUUAGAGUUGGCUGCGAAAUUCGCGCCGUACAGGAGUCUUUUUAUGUGGUAUAUGUGGCGGAUUGAGAAUGUUGAUGUGGCUGUUCUUACGGGAUGA